GCUUCUUCUGGGGGCUGCACAAGCGCAGCACCCACAGGAGGAAGAAGAAGAAGAACAAAGCGGUGCUCAAGUCCACCUCCAACCUCAUGGUGCGCUUCAAGCGCGUGGGCAAGAAGAGGAAGGAAGCAUCACCCGGCAGCGCGCCGCAGGCGAAGCCGUCCUUCCUGCUGCUGCGGCGCGGCGCGGCCGACGCCGAGGACGGAGCAUCCCUCUUCCGCCGGCGCCCGGAGAGGAAAUUCAAGCCCCGGGCACAGGUGCUGAGCAAGGCGGCCGCAGCCACGGGCUGGCUGGCCAGGAAGGUGCUGAACCGGCGCGGGCGGCUGGUGGGGGGCAGCCGUGCGGCCGACACGGCCUGGCUGUCCCGGAUCGGUGCCAAGAAGCUGCCGUUCCCUGCGGAAGACGAGAUCCUCCGGCACCGGGCCAACAUGAAGCGCAUCCCCGGUGGCGGCGGAGGCAGCGGCAGGGUGUCGCGGCGCGGCAGUAUGGCGCGACGGCCAUCCCGGCGGCGUUCCCAGCGCGCAUCCGCCGAGGUGCCGGUGCCGCGCUAUGGAUGGGCUGAGGAGGAGGAUGGAGCUUACAGGCACCGGCGUGGCUACAGCAAGAAGGAGGAUGGAGCGUAUGGGUCCCGCCGGGGCUAUGCCAAGAAGAAAGAUGGAGCCUAUGGCCGCUGGCGUGGCUACGGCAAGGAGGAGGAUGGAGCCUACGGUCCUCGGCGCGGCUACGCUGAGGAGGAGGGAGACUAUGGCCCGUGGCGUAGCUACAGUGAGGAGGAGGAUGGAGCCUACGGCCCUCAACGUGGCUACACUGAGGAGGAGGAAGGCUAUGCCCAAGCCCCAGCCUACCCUGCAGCAUACGGCUACGAGGAUGUGGGGCCGAGCCCCUACUCUGACUACCCUGGCUAUGAGGCAGAGCAGGAUUAUGGCUUCUAUGGGGGGGGUUGGGAGGAGGGAGACCCCCAGGGACCCCCCUAUGGCUACGCGGAGCUGGGGGAUGAGGGAGCAUUUGGUGGCGGGUCCCCCCUCGCCCUCUACGACCCCUACGGCAGCGACCAGGAGUACGGCGAGGACACGGUGGGGGCUUUUGGCUACAGGGGGGACCCCUACGAGGACUUUGGGGACCCCCUCUCGGGGGGGUACCCUGGGGGCGAGUACCCUGAGCACCGCAUCCAGUACAGCGAGGGGGGGUGGGCACCGCAUGCCCAGUCCUGCAACCCCUAUGCCCUGGGCCUGGAGGAGAUCGCGGAGGCCGGGGAGCCCGAGGAGUGGGAUGAAGAGGAGGAGGAGGACAAGGAGUAUCCCUUCUCCAUCCUCAGCACCUCCUCGCUGCGGGGCAUGCGGGAGACGCUCUCCUCCAAGCUCUCCCUCAAUCGCAAGUUCCGGCUCUUCCCCCGGCCUCAGGUCAAGCUUUUCGGCAGGGACCGCCUCGAUGUCCCCCUCCCGCCGUCCCCCCAUCUCCCCCCGGCCCGUGAUGAGGAUGACUACGAUGAGUACGAGCCUCCAGCACCAGCAGCACCCCGGGGCCGCCGCUUUGCCGCAGCGCGGGCCUGCGGGAGCCCCUUGGGGCAGUUCCUGCAGCGCUCCCUCUCGCAGCCCCCCAGCCGCCCUCCGCGGGCUGCAAUGGGACCCCGGGACCCCCGCGCCCCACAGCCCUCCUAUAGGCGCUCUGGCAGGGACCCCUCUUCUCCAGCCAGGGACCCUUCCCCACCAGGGGGGUCCUGGGGGCCGCUCCGGCUCCCGUCCCUCCGUAACCCCUUCGCCACCGCGGGGCGCUCCCCAUCGCCGCCCCCGGCCCGGCAGCGCCCCGAGGCCCCGCGGCGCUCCCCGUCCCUCGGUGCCAGCAUCCGUCGGUUCGGCCCCGAGCCCCCCGCCCCGCCGCCGUCCUCGCCCCGCUCCCCUGGCCCCGGGGGGAGGCGUUUGGGGGUGCCCGCGGCGGGGUCGGGGAGACCCCGGUCCUUGAGGCAGAGCAGCCCCCCCGGGCUGCCGCUCCCCCAGGCCUGGCCCCGGCUCCCCGAGCCCCCCACCAAGGCUGUGAAGCCGCUGCAGAGAUCCCCCUUCAUGGCAUCGACCUCCCGGCCCGGCAGCCGCCGCCUCGGCCCCUCUUGGGACGCGGAGCUGCCCCCCUGGCAGGGCGCUGCUGCUGGGGCGCCCCCGCCUCCCAGCCCCGCUCCUGGUACCCCCAAAACCUUCAUCCAGCGCAUCGGGCAGCCCCUUGCCGGGAUGGCCCCGCGCUCCCCCCCGGCCCGGCCGUCCGCUGCCGAAGCGAGCAGCCCAAUCCGCUCCAUGGGGCAAUCCCUGGCAUCGCUGCUCGUGAGGAGCAUGGCCCCUUCUGCAACCCCCUCAUCCCCACCACCCGCCCGCCGCCCUUCCUCCCGCUCACCCUCCUCUCCCCAGCGCUCAUCCCGACGGGACGGGAGCACCCGUAGAUCACCGAGCCCCCCACCCCCGGGGCGCCGGGGUUGGACCGACACCGGACGCCCCAUUGUCCCGUCCGUGCCUCGCGGGGACCGGAGCCCCUCACCGCAGCGUCACGCCUCUUUCCCAUCACCCCGCGGCAGAGCCCCCGGCUCCCCGGCCACCCCCCGCUAUGGCCCCCGUGGCUCGGAGGCCGCCGAGGGGGAUGCUUUGUCCGGGGAGGAGGGCGCGGGGCGCUACGCGGUGGUGACGCCGCAGGUGCAGAGGUUGGGCUCCUUCCGACGGGCGUCCCGCAUGUACAAGCAGCACUGGUCCGCGCAGCACGUCGUGCGGGUGCGGGAGAUGCCCGACGCCUGGACGGCAGAGCAGGGCCCCCCCCAGCUGCCCUCCCAGCGCGGCCGGCGGUGGGCGAGCCAGCGAGGAGCCGACAUCGCCCGGUACCUGAGCCAGCGCUCGCCGGGGGGCGGCUGGAGGGACCGGCACCCCUGGGCGGACGGGUACCUGGGCAGCAAGCAGCCCUGGCGCAGCAAGAUGCAGUCGCUGUGCAGCCUGCCCAUCAUGCGGUACCAGGAGCCACAGGAGGAGGACGGGCUGGAGGACAUGACCCAGCUGGAGGACCUCCAGGAGGCUGCGGUGCUGAGCAACAUCCGGACACGGUUCGAGCGCCAGCUCAUCUAUACCUACAUCGGCAGCAUCCUGGUGUCGGUGAACCCGUACCGGCUCUAUGACAUCUACGGCACGGAGCAGGUCCUGCAGUAUGAAGGCAGAGCCCUGGGUGAGAACCCACCGCACCUCUUUGCCAUCGCGAACGUCGCCUACUCCAAAGUGAUGGAUGCCAAACACAACCAGUGUAUCGUCAUCAGUGGGGAGAGUGGCUCAGGAAAGACUGAAGCCACCAAACUGAUCCUGCGGUACCUGGCAGCCGUCAGCCAGAAGCGCAGCACUGCCCCACAGAUAGAGAUCCUGGAGGCGACCCCCUUGCUGGAGUCCUUCGGCAACGCCAAAACCGUGAGGAACGAUAAUUCCAGCAGGUUUGGGAAGUUUGUGGAGAUCUUCCUGGAGGAUGGUUUGAUCUGCGGUGCCAUAACCUCGCAGUACCUGCUGGAGAAGUCCCGUGUGGUCUUCCAGGCCAAGAGCGAGCGCAAUUACCACAUCUUCUAUGAGAUGCUGGCAGGGCUGCCCGUGCAGCAGCGGCAGCGGUACUGCCUGCAGGGCGCCGAGACAUACUACUACCUGAACCAGGGUGGGAACUGCGAGAUUCCCGGGAAGAACGAUGAGGAGGAUUUCCAUCGCCUGCUCAACACCAUGGAAGCGCUGAGCUUCAGCGUGGAGGAGCAGAACAGCAUCUUCCGCAUCCUCUCCUCCGUCCUCCACUUGGGCAACGUCUACUUUGACAAAUACGAGAGCGACUGCCAGGAGGUGGCCAUGGUGGUGAGCGCCACGGAGAUCCGGACCGUGGCUGAGCUGCUGCAGGUGUCCCCUGAGGGCCUGCAGAAAGCCAUCACCUUCAAGGUGACGGAGACACUGCGGGAGAAGAUUUUUACCCCUCUGACUGUUGAAAGCGCCGUGGAUGCCAGGGAUGCCAUUGCCAAGACCCUCUACUCCCUGCUCUUCGGCUGGCUCACGGACCGCAUCAACAAGCUGGUGUACCCGCGGCAGGAGGCCCUCUCCAUCGCCAUCCUGGACAUCUACGGCUUUGAGGAUCUCAACUUCAACAGCUUUGAGCAGCUCUGCAUCAACUACGCCAACGAGUACCUGCAGUUCUUCUUCAACAAGAUUGUGUUCCAGGAGGAGCAGGAGGAGUACCUGCGGGAGCAGAUUGAGUGGAAGGAGAUCCCAUUCAGUGACAACCAGCCCUGCAUCGACCUCAUCUCCCAGAAGCCCUAUGGAAUCCUGCGCAUCCUGGAUGACCAGAGCUGCUUCCCCCAGGCCACCGACCACACGUUCCUCCAGAAGUGUCACUACCACCAUGGGACGAACCCCCUGUACACCAAGCCGAAGAUGCCACUGCCCGAGUUCACCAUCAAGCACUACGCAGGGAAGGUGACCUACCAGGUCCACAAGUUUUUGGAUAAGAACUAUGACCAGGUCCGUCAGGAUGUGCUGGACCUGUUCAUCAGCAGCAGGACCAAGGUGGUGGCCAACCUCUUCUUCGGCCAUGCCCAGGUGAUGGCGCGGCAGAGGAGCCUCCACAGGAGGAGCAGCACCAGGACCCGGCGGUACAAGGCUCCCACUGUGGCCGCCCGGUUCCAGCAGUCGCUCCUGGAGCUGGUGGAAAAGAUGGAGAGGUGCAACCCCUUCUUCGUGCGCUGUCUCAAACCCAACAAUAAGAAGGAGCCAGGGCUCUUUGAGGCUGAUGUGGUCAGCAGCCAGCUGCGGUACUCAGGGAUCCUGGAGACCAUCCGCAUCCGCAAGGAGGGCUUCCCCAUCCGCAUCCCUUUCCUCGUCUUCAUCGACAGGUACCGCUGCCUCGUUGACAUGUGGUCCAACGUCAUUCCCAACGGCGCCAACUGUGUGGAGAUGCUGAGGAGCCUCUGCCCCGUCAGCCCCAGCAUGUACUACGUCGGUGUCAGCAAGCUCUUCCUGAAGGAGCAGCUGUACCAGGCCCUGGAGAGCAAGCGUGCUCGUGCCCAUCACUUGGCCGCGCUCACGCUCCAGCGCUACGCUCGCACCUUCUUCAUCAAGAGGCGCUUCCGCUCCCUCCGCAGGAAGAUCGUCCUCCUGCAGAGCCGGGCGAGGGGAUACCUGGCCAGGUUGGGGUGCCUGGAGGUGGUGGGUGGGCUCUGGUGGGUGGCGGAGGGUGAUGGGUGCUCUCCCCAUGGCAGGCAGCGGUACCGGCGCAUGCGGCGCACGCUCAUCAAGUUCAGGUCGCUGGUGCACAUCUAUGUGAACCGCCGGCGGUACCUCAAGAAGAAGGAGGAUGCCCGCCGGCGGGCAGAGGCGGAGAAGGAAAGGAUGAAGCAGGAGCUGACCAGGAGGGAGGUGGUGGACGUCACCCACCUGGAGAUCCCGGCCGAACUGAUGGGGCUGCUGGAGGCGGCCGCAGCCGCCCGGGAGGUGAACGCCGGCUGCGUGGUGCUGGUGCCGCCGCCGGCGCUGCAGCCCGACUCGCAGCUCACGCUCCCGCUCGACAUCAACGAGUACCCCAUGGCCAAGUACGUGCGGGGCCACUUCCAGGAACCAGCGUUCGGGAUGCUGACAGCCCCACUGAUGGCUCCUCUCACCCGGCUGGAUGAGGAGCUGUGCCACGAGGCGCUGAGCCUGUUCCAGCUGAUCCUGCGGUUCAUGGGGGACCCGGCGCUGGGAGGCUCACAGGAGACCCUCUUUGGCAACUACAUCGUGCAGAAGGGGCUGUCGGUGCCGGGGCUGCGGGACGAGCUCCUGGCACAAGCGGCCAACCAGGUCUGGCGCAACACCAACGUCAACAACGAGGAGCGGGGCUGGCUGCUGCUGGCCGCCUGCCUCAGCGCCUUUCCCCCCUCCACCGCCUUCGACAAGUACCUGCUCAAGUUCGUCUCUGACUACGCCUUCGCUGGCUACAAGCCGGUGUGCCAGCGCAAGCUGAUGCAUGCCAUGGCCCGCUCCCAGCUGGGUGCCGCGGCCGCCCGAGCCUACCCCCCAUCACUGCUGGAGUGGACGGCGAACCGGCAGCAAGCCAGCAUGGCGCUGGACCUGCACUGCUUCAAUGGUGACCAGUUCUCCUGCCCUGUCCACUCCUGGGCCACAGGCGAGGACCUGGCAGGGGAUGUCCUGAAGCACAGGGGGCUGGUGGAGGGCUGGCGGGGCUGGUCCGUGGCCAUGAAGGCGGGUGCCCAAUGGGCCGAGCUGGCUGGUCAUGACUAUGUCCUGGACCUCAUCUCUGACCUCGAGCUGCUCCGUGGCUUCCCCAAGCAGAAGUCCUGCUUCCUGGUGGCAUGGGAUGGAGCUGAGAGCCACGGCGGGGACAGCCGGGCGGUGUUGGGGCACGGCUUGGAUUUGGAUGAAGUACCCCCUCCUCCAGCUGUGAAAGCCCCAACGCUGCCAUCCACAGAGGUGUACCACCCCCACGGAGAUGGGGAAUUUGGGGAGCCGCGCAGCCAGAAGGGUCUGGACCGGUACCUGGACAGCCUCUUUGACCCUGUGCUCUCCUAUGGCAAUGGGGAGCUUGAGAAGCCGGCUGCUGUCACACAGAGGAUGAAGGGAAGAGGUGGUGCAGGAGGAGGGGAUGGUGAUGCCGAGCACAGCAAAUCCCCAGUGCCUCCAGAGACACAGCAGCCAAGAGGCACGGAGCCAGCCCCAUCCUCACAGCACCGGGCAGAUGCCAACCAGCCACCGGGCAGAGCAGCUGAGGGGACACCAUCCCGCGCCCCCCAGCCCCGGCCCUACAUGCAGAAAGCAGCCCCUGUGGGCCGGCGGUGGCCGGGAGAGCUGGUGCAGAAUUCCCGGCUCAACUCGGAGCACUUCCCGCGGCCCACACACGACAUCCGGAACAUCAUCCGGCAGUGCCAGCCGGCCCCACGCGGAUCCCAGCCCCACAGCAAGCUCUUUGGGAAGAAGCAGGACCCCCACGAGGAAGCCAUGCAGAUCCUGAAGGAGCAGCUCUCAGCACCCCCAGUGGCUGCGGGGCCCAAGGAGGUGGUGGCCACGGUGAAGCCGGUCACCAGCAGCAGGUACCCACUGCGACCACCAACGGGGCGUGCGGUGGCCACCCGGUCCCAAGUCUCUGUGUCACGGGAGCUCCCAUCCGAGGCGCAGCAGGUCCAGACCCAGCUGCACCGGAGCUGCAGUGAGGACUUCUACACCUACCACAACGUGCCCUGGAAAAUAUACAUCCGGAAGGAGGUUUUCUACCCCAAGGACAGCAUCAACAACCCAUUGCUGCUCGACCUCAUCUUCAGGCAGAUCUUCAAUGAUGUGCUCUCCAACACCUGCAUCCGGCUCAGCCAGGAGGAGAGGCUCCGACUCAAAUCCCUCUUCGCGGAAAACAAACUGGAUUCCUUCAGCCCCGUGGCCACUGAGAGCGUCAAGAGGGAGAUCAUCGCUGCCGCCCGCGAUGGCUGCGAUGUGUAUUUCUCUCGCCUCUUCCCCGCCACGGGCAGCGUGGGGACGGGGGUGCAGAUCCUGGCUGUGUCCCACACUGGCGUCAAGCUGCUGCGGAUGGUGAAGGGCACCAACAUGCCCGGGGAGCAGCUGAGGGUGUUGAGGGCGUACGGCUAUGCCGAUGUGCUGUUUGUGACCACCCCGUCCAGGAACAUGCUGGAGCUCAACCUGCGCAGCGAGAAGCUCAUCCUGUUCUCCCCCAAAGCCCCCCAGGUCAAGGCCAUGGUUGACCACUUCAUCAAGGAGCUCAGGAAGGACUCCCAGUACGUGGUGGCUGUGAGGAGCUACAGCCCAGAGGACAAGGGCCAGCUCAGCUUCCACAAAGGGGACAUCAUCCACCUGCAGCCACUGAAGCAUCCCGAGAGAGACCACUACUACGGCUGCGUGGUCCGCAAGAAGGUGAUGUACCUGGAGGAGCUGAAGACGGGCACCCAGGACUUUGGGUGGAAGUUCGGUGCCAUCCACGGCAGGUCGGGUCUCUUCCCUGCUGAAUACGUCCAGCCCGUCGCAGCCCCGGACUUUGUCCAUUUGCCAGCGGAGAGGAAAGAGGAGCCCAGGGACAAGCAGGGCAAGGUGGUGGCUUCAGCAGCCGUGGCUGUGGCCGUGGCCUCCACCGCCGUGGCGCAGGAGCUGGACCGCAAGAGCGAGGCAUCCCCAGCCAGCACAGCAGAGGGGGACAGCAGCGAGAAGCUUGGUGACAGCACAGGGACCUGCCCCAUGCUGGCUUUUGCCAGGCAGUAUUUCCGUGCGGCACGGCAUGGGGAGGCAACGGAACCCUGUGGGAUGAAGGCCAAAAGGGAUGUGCCCAAUGUGCUGGAGAUGCUGACAUUCAGCAAGACCCCCAUCCAGGAGUCACUCAUUGAAUUCGUGGAUGGUGGCAUCAGCAAACUGGCCACGGAGGCGUUCCAAGCCGUGAUGAAGUUCAUGGGCGACCACCCCCCGCGAGGGCAGACGGAGCUGGACUGCGUCUGCACCAUCCUCAAGCUCUGUGCAGAGCACGAGGUCCUGCGGGAUGAGGUCUACUGCCAGGUCGUGAAGCAGAUCACCAACAACAGCAGCUCCAAGCCGGAUAGCUGCCAGAAGGGCUGGAGGCUGCUCUACAUCCUCGCUGCUUACUACAAGUGCUCCGAGGUGCUCAGGCCCUUCCUGCUGGCCUUCCUGCAGGAUGCUAGCAGGCACCCGGACCUGCCGUUCCAUGGCAUCGCCAAAGCCUGCGAGCUGAACCUGCGGAAGACCCUGCAGUUUGGUGGCCGCAGCCUCUUCCCCAGCAGCACGGAGCUGAGGGCCAUGGUGGCUGGACGCAGCGCCAAGCGCCAGCUCUUCCUCCUGCCUGGCGGCAUUGAGAGGCACCUCAAGAUCAAGACGUGCUCGGUGGCUCUGGAUGUGAUCGAGGAGCUGUGCUGUGAGAUGGGGCUGCAGCACCCAGAGGCUUUUGAGGAGUACAUCCUCUUUGUGGUGACCGACAGAGGGCAGAGCGUGCGGCCGCUGACCCGCCGGGAAUACGUGCUGGAUGUGGCCGCCGAGACGGAGCGCCGGGACACCAGCUACACCUUCUGGUGCCGCCGCGUGGUCUGGGGGCAGCCCCUCAAGUUUGACAACGAGCUCUAUGUCACCGUGCACUACAACCAGGUCCUCCCUGACUACCUCAAGGGGCUGUUUACUGUCCUGCCACCCGCCAGGCCGGGAGAGCAGCACUUCCCACACGCGGCCAAGCUGGCCGCCCUCCAGCACCGAGCCAAGGACCACCAUCACCUCCCCACCGCGCGGGAGGUGCAGGAUUAUGUCCCACCACAGCUCUUCCGCCUGCUGAAGGCUCAGUCCUGGCUCCAUAUGGUGACCCCGCACAUGCAGCAAGCGCAGGCGCUCAGCGCCCACCAGGCCAGGGCGCAGUUCCUGGGGCUGCUGAGUGCCUACCCCAUGUUUGGCUCGUCCUUCUUCUACAUCCAGAGCUGCAGCAACAACGCCAUCGUCUCCCCCUGCAUCCUGGCUGUCAACCAGAACGGCCUCAACUUCCUCAGCAAGGAGACCCACGAGCCCAUCGCCAAGUUCUCACUGAAGGAGAUCCAAUCCACACGGACACAGCGCCCCACGGCCGGGUCCAGCUACCCCUACGUGGAGAUCACCCUGGGCGACCUCCUGGCGCAGGGCAUCACCCAGCUGCAGCUGGAGCAGGGCCUGGAGCUGUGCCGAGUGGUGGCUGCGCACAUGGAGAGGUUGUUGGGAGCACGGGAGAAGAGGCUGACGCUGCCGCCCAGUGAGAUCACCCUGCUCUGA